AUGGAGAACUAUCUGGCGGCCACGGCGCUGAAUGGGGUGAACCGACUUACUCUGCAGCGCUCAGCUAGGCUGGGUCAGGAAGUGCUGGAGCAGGCCAAGAGGAGGGCAGUGGACUGGCACUCGCUGGAGCUCCCCAAAGGCAGCAUGGGGGUCCUUGCCCCGGAGAGGCCUGACCAGGAAAGACAGCCAGCAACCAGUCCGCAGCGCCUUUUCCCAGGAGAGAGAGAAGAAAGACACCCAACCCUCAAUGGUUCCUUCGGGACAAUGGCUGAAUUCAUAGACUAUACUUCAAGUCAGUGUGGGAAAUAUUAUUCAUCUGUGCCAGAAGGAGGAGGGGCAACCCAUGUUUAUCGUUACCACAGAGGGAAGUCAGAGCUGCACUUGUGCUCAGAAGGGAAUGGUCAGAGAAAAGACACAUCCCUUGGUCUUGGAGGCAUCUAUCAAGCAUCAGAGUGUGACCUAGAGGCAUCCCAGCCUGCUGAGAAUAUCUCUAAGGACCUCUACAUAGAAGUAUAUCCAGGCACCUAUUCUGUCACUGUGGAUUCAAAUGACUUAACCAAGAAGACUCAUGUGGUAGCAGUUGACUCAGGACAGAGCGUGGACUUGGUCCUCCCUGUAUGA